AUGGACCCAUUAUCUAGAGAGGAUAGCACUCCACUUUCGGCCUCAUACUAUCGGGGUUUUUUUGACGCGCAACAGCGACGCCCAACAAAGAAUGUAGAGCCCACAGUAGGACAGGCGUUUGGUGGAGCUCUUUUUGCAGCUCUCCCUCUUGCUGCUGUCUAUUUUUUCUUCAUGCGGCGAAGGGCGGGUGCUGCCACUGCUGCAGGUGUGCCUGGGGCGAAACCAACAGGUUUCAUGGCCAACCUGAUGGAGGCAAUGCAGAAACAGAUGAACCCGAUGGGUAUAAAGAAUUUUCGUGUAGAAGUGAAGGACACAAAGUUCAAGGACGUAAUUGGUGUGCCAGAAGCACUGGAGGAGGUGCAGCAAUACGUCAACUUUCUCAAGACACCGGAACGUUUCACGCGGCUGGGCGGCAGGCUGCCAAAGGGUUGUAUUCUCACUGGUCAGCCUGGAACCGGCAAAACACUGCUCGCGAAGGCGGUUGCCGGAGAGGCAGGUGUACCGUUCUUCACAUGUAGCGGUGCAGACUUCAUUGAGGUGUACGCUGGCUCAGGCCCGAAGCGGGUGCGUGAACUGUUUGCUGCUGCAAAACAGGAGGCGCCGUCGGUGAUUUUUGUGGACGAGAUUGAUGCGGUCGGUUCGCGCAGUAAUGGUCAGGGUACAAUGGGUUUGAGUUCCGAGGAGAACCGCACAGUCAAUCAGCUUCUCGCAGAGCUUGAUGGUCUACAGGCAAACGAGGCCGUCGUUGUAUUCGCCGCCACAAACUUCCCGGAAAACCUUGAUAAGGCACUUUUGCGUGAAGGGCGUUUUGAUCGUAAAGUUGAGGUGCCAAUGCCUGAUCUAAAAGCAAGAGAAGACCUAUUCGAGCACUACUUGCGACGCGUUGUCACGUCUAACCCGACAAACAAAGCGCAGCGACUAGCUACCCUUACACCUGGUGUGUCACCAGCCACAAUAUCGGCUAUAGUUAAUGAGGCCGCUCUCGCAGCAGCUGUACAGGGGGAAAUGGAGGUAACAGAACGAACACUUCUUCCCGCAGUUGACGACGUUCUUGUUGGCAAAAAGCACCGUAGUCGAAUGACUGAGGCCGCAGCCCACCGUGUUGCCCUUCAUGAAAGUGGUCAUACAUUAGUUGCAUGGUUGCUGCCACAGCAAUCAGACGUUAUCAAGGUUUCAAUUACACCAAGAGGUCCAGCAGCUGGGUUCACUCAACAAGUCGGAAAAGAGGUAUUUGACAUGCCUACUGAUGUCUCACUUUUCACGGACCUCUGUGUAAUGUUAGGGGGUCGACUCGCAGAGUCCACACGGUACUCUGAACUUACAACUGGUGCCCAGGAUGAUUUGCAACGCGCAACCAAAACAGCCAUACGUGAAUUUCUUGCUUUUGGCAUGUCACAGCAUGUUGGCCUUCUCGCAUAUGAGCCACAGAGGUUAGACGAGGGACGUAUGUAUCAGAAGCACUCUGAGAAAACCCAGACAAUAGCUGAGGAAGAAGCUGCGCGGCUAGUUGAUACUGCGUAUUGCUUCACACAAAAGCUCAUAGCAGAUCAUAAGGAGACACUGCACCGAGUUGCAGAUGCGCUUUUCACUAAGAAGGACCUUCUGAAGGAAGAUCUUGAGUCCCUAUUGGGACCGCGUGGUGCAGUGCGUUUGACACAAGAAGCAGAGAAUGCCCUUGCUAAAUUUAUGCGAAGAUCAGAAGAACAAAGAGUGAAGGUACAGGGUGCUGCAUGCUGA